AUGAACGAGGAGGACCACCGCGGCGAGCUAGAGAGAGCCAUCUUCCGAAAACUACUAGAAGACGAGCAGUUCUCUGUAGCUGAGGCAGUGCAACAGAUCACUGCGCAAACCUAUGCAGCUGCAGCUUCCCAAGACACCGACGCAGUAGGAUUACACGCCUAUCAUGUCUCCUGCUAUAUUCUAGAUCUCGCUACAGACGUACGUCAUGAUCAACAGUCCCAGCUUCUUGAGUUUAUCCGCCUUCUCAAGCAACAGGUAGUACCCGACCCAAAGCAGGGGGGUACAUUGAAACUGGGCAAUCAGGAAGUCUGGUCUGACAUGCCCUGCAUGAUGGUGCUGAUACGCGAGUUCUACCACAGAAGUGCACCAUGUGAAGAAAGUAAUACGCCUGAAGAUGAUUACGAGUACGAGAAUGUCAUGGCAUUUCUUGCUCAGAUGACUGAGAAUAGCCUCUUUAAAUCCGAGGAGGGUAUAUCGUGGUCUAUGCCCAGCCUAACAGAUGUUUUUCACCCUGAUGCAGCUUCGAUUUUGCGGCGGGCGGAGAUCCGGUGCGUAUGCAUGUGGAUGAUAUAUGCUCCCAAUCAAGUCCGAAAGAAUGCCUUGCUUCCCUAUCGGGAUGAUGCGAAGAAUGGAUUUGAGCUUGGGUACUGGGAGAAGUCGAGGUCGGUCUGCCGAAGAUGUCUUCGGCUAGCCAGGCCGCCAAAGCGCUGCCAAACCCGCAACUACACAUCAUCGGGUCCUCGGGAACAGACAGUAGUAGAAUCGCAAGAUAAGAAAAGGGAUAUCUCACAGCCUUCGGAACCUCCUCCAAAGGAUCCCAAAUCCUCCUCCUCCUCUUCCUCAUCAGAGCCGGGCGCCAUGACACGCCGACUACAGGAAGCCACCGAGGAUGCGCUCCUCACUGGCGGCCGCACCAGCCAGAAACUAGUAGAGGACGCCGGGUUCUCGGAGGAGCUCAAGGAGAAGCUCUUCAACAAGGUCAAGGAGGCCCAGUUCAGGAAGCGGUUCUCGUCGGCGUUCGCGGAGGCAGGCAUCUCGUCGUCCUCGUCGGCCGUGGGUGAGGGCAGCCACCACAUCGCCACGGCAGCCCCCUGGACCGGCAAGGAGACCACGCACGACGCAGUCCUCCGCAUGCUGGACGACUCGAGGAAGCCGCUCAAGCCCGAGCUCCGGGGAAAGUUCCGGACCCCGGUGCCCGUCGACAUGCGCAUCAAGAGGGACCCCGCGAUGAGCGCCUCGCAGCGCGUGGCCAGCGCGCGCGACAAGGCGAGCGCCUACGCUGGGGCCGAAGCCAAGGCCUCUUCCGCCUCCGCCGUGUCGGGCAACAAGGGCCUCACGCCGGAGGAGCGGGAGGAGCUCAGGCGGGAGUUCAGGGAGCGGUUCCAGCCGGGUGCGCGGGCGAUGCCCAACUCCAUCACGGGGCUCGCGGCGCUGGCCAACGAGCGCAUCGAGGACGCCAUCGCGAGGGGCCAGUUCAAGAACAUCCCCCGCGGCAAGGGCGUGGAGCGGGACGCGAGGGCGGACAACCCCUUCAUCGACACGACCGAGUACAUCAUGAACAAGAUGAUCCAGCGGCAGGACAUCGUGCCCCCCUGGAUCGAGAAGCAGCAGGACCUCGCCAAGGCGGCGCACACCUUCCGCACCAGGCUGCGCAACGACUGGAAGCGCCACGCGGCCAGGAUGAUCGCCGCCAAGGGAGGCUCGCUGCUGGAGCAGAUGCAGCGGGCCGAGGACUACGCCCAGGCGGAGAGGAGGCACAACCCGCGCUUCCGCAAGGUGGAAGAGACUACCAUCCCCCCUGGAUUGACCGAAGACCCCGUCAUGGUUGAGGUGAGGAAACCGCCAAAAUCAGAUGCGGUAGGCUCUGCUGAUGAUGCGGCAGAGCAGCCGUCGGCUGGGCUCGAAGAUAAGAAACCCCGGCCGCUGCUGCCGCCGUUCAGGGACCCCGACUGGGAAGCUGCAGAGCGAACUUAUAUGGAGUUGUCCAUUGAUAAUCUCAACAGCAUUACACGGACCUACAACUUGAUGGCACCCGACCUAGCGAAGAAACCGUACUUUUCCCUACAGAGAGAACUCUUGGGCGCCUUUGCAGAGGUGGCGCCACAGCUGGCAAACGAGAUUAAAGAGAGGACCACACGGGUGAAAUCUCCCGGCCUGGGCGGUGGACGACAUCAGACAGCAGCGGCGGGCAUAUUUGAGAAUUUCGGCGGUGGCAGCAGUCCCCGCAUUCGUCUCGAAGCCGAGGAGAAGGCAUACGGCCUCAAAGAUUGGUGGAGAGAUGUGUGGAAAAAAUAA